AUGAAUAAAAUGGAGGGAAGGAAUCAUUCUAUGGUGUCAGAAUUUAUUCUUUGGGGACUUUCACAGUCACAGAGUAUUCAGGUCUUACUCUUCAUGAUAUUUCUGAUGCUUUAUCUGCUCAUCGUGACUGGAAAUAUUGUCACCAUGAUCUUAAUCACUACUGACCACCACCUCCACUCCCCCAUGUACUUCUUGUUGGCCAAUUUGUCCUUCGUUGAUAUGUGGCUUUCCUCAGUCACCACUCCCAAGAUGAUCACAGACUUUCUCAGGGAAAACAAGACCAUUUCCUUUGCAGGCUGCAUGUCCCAGAUCUUCUUUGCCCAUUUCAUUGCUGCAGGGGAGAUGGUGCUCCUGGUGGCAAUGGCCUAUGACCGCUAUGUGGCCAUCUGCAAACCACUCCACUACUUCACCAUCAUGAACCUGAAACGAUGCACCGGACUGGUGUUAACUUCCUGGACCAUUGGCUUUGUGCAUGCCGUGAGUCACCUGGUGGUGAUUGUGCAGCUGCCUUUCUGUGGCCCCAAGGAAAUAGACAGUUUCUUCUGUGACAUGCCACUGGUAAUCAAGCUGGCCUGCAUGGACUCCCACGAUUUAGAUAUUUUAAUGAAUGCGAAUUGUGGGGUUGUGGGUGUAACCUGUUUUAUUCUGUUGCUCAUAUCCUACACUCAUAUUUUUCUCACUGUGCACGGAAGCUCUAAAGAUGGUGCGUCUAAGGCACUGUCGACAUGCACUGCCCACAUCACCGUUGUGCUGCUAUUUUUUGUGCCCUGCAUUUUCAUCUAUGUGUGGCCACUCAACGUUAUCUGGCUGGAUAAAUUUCUUGCUGUUUUUUACUCGGUUUUUACACCUCUCUUCAAUCCAGCCAUUUAUACACUGAGAAAUAAAGAAAUUAAAAAUGCAAUGAAAAGAUUAAUAAGCUAUUGCCUAGGCUCCAAAGGAAAUCUGUGA